GAGAGGUCGUCCCUAUCUCGGAGGGUCCCUUAUCGGAGGUUCCACUGUACUGAGCUUGAAGUUUAUAGCUUGACCGUAUUGUCGUAAUCACAACUGAGAAUCUUCAUACAGUAGCACACAUGUGUUUCUAGCCCAUCAUGUCUAUGAAUGGUUCGGCUACUGUCGCUCGGUCCCCUUGGAAUUCCAUGGACCCCUCACCGAAUUUCAGGGGGCCGCUCAUCUUGGGGGUCUCCCCCUAUCGUAAAGUUGUUGCGGACCACCACCGGCUGUUGGCCUCUUCUCCGCUCUCCAGUGGGCAGUCUUCGCCAGAGGGGAACCGGCGGUCGCGAGAAUUUAACCCCCAGGGGGCGGCCCCUCGCUCUACGAGGAGUAGAUCGAUGUCGCCACAAGGUCGGUUUUCCCCAUUCGGUAUUGGCUCCAUUCCACUCCACAUGAGCCACACGGCUGUGGAUUCCGAGGUCUCCAGCAUCGGGAGCCGAAAAUCGUCGGCGGACACGGAGAGCGGGAGGAUCAGCGCCGAUUUCGCCAUGGCGAUGGAAGAGUUGCGGGGACGAGCGGGGGUCUACCCUCACCACGUCAACGGCGAGAGUACGGUGGGGUGUGGAGGUACGUGGAAGUGGAGGGAGGAGAGAGAGGGCUUACUGACUGAGAUACUGGAGUGCAGAAGACGUCUUCAGAUGAUAUCAGUCGAGGCGCAAGAGUGGGAGCAGACCAGGAAGGACUACUGUGAGCUGAUUGCCAAGCAGCAACAACUGUUGAACGAAGCUAACUCUACAAGAGCUGCAGCUGACAAUCUCAAGCUCCAGAGGUGGAACAAGAAAAAGAUAUCAACCGUUGAUCUGAGAGGGCACAGUCCAUCUCAUGAGCAUAUGGAUCACCCUCAAGAGUUGAUGUUGGCAAUUCUAAAAUCGAUGCACCAGUAUGUUUGCAGUCUAACAUGCUGGACACGCAGUACCAGCAACCAAUGA